AUGAGUCGCAGCUGGAGCUCGGGAUGGGCGCUCGGGCUGCUGCUAUUGAGCGUCUUGGACGGCGCAUGCGCGCUGUAUUUUACUGUAUUGAAGCAGGAGGAUCGCUGUUUUGUCGUGGACGUGCCGGCGCAGACGACGGUUCGAGCCGAGUACGAGUCUCCAGACACGACGGAUGUCAUGAAAACGGUGCUCACCGUUUACUCUUUGGAUCUGGACGAUGAUGCGCUCGUGGACGAGGCGACUGGUGUCAAGGGUUCAAAGUCGUUCACAGCUCAGCACAGUGGCAUCUACUGGGUCUGCGUUAGUCUGGAUUCGUCAAAUUAUGCGCUCCCGGAUGACGCGUCAAUGCGAUUCACGUUGAAGCUGGUGAUGGGCACGAGUCAAGAGGAAUAUCGGAAUCUCGCCAAGAAGAACCAGAUGGAUGAUCUUCAUUUGAAGAUCUUGCAGUUGCGCGACCGUGUGACCGCUAUUCAGCGCAAUCAGGACUAUGCCAAGGAAAAAAGCUUGGCGAUGCAAUCAUCAAUCGAAAGCAACAACCAGCGUGCUAUGUGGGUUUCUCUGCUACAGAUUGCGACCUUACUUAUCACGGGCUUCUAUCAAGCAAAGCAUCUCAAAGCAUACCUCUACAAGAAAAAGCUUGUGUAG